AUGUCUGAAACAACAUCGAAAGUAAAGUCAUGGAUCCACACCAAAGCCGGAUAUCCCCAGACUCUUACUCUUUCAACUACAGAUGUACCAGUAGCACCUGCGCCGUCAGCCUUACUGAUUCAAGUCCAUGCAGCUGCAUUGAACCCGGUCGACAUCCAGCUGAUGAACUUUCCAUUGAAUUCCCUACCAUAUCUGGAUGGACCUAAGAUCCCUGCAAGAGAUUUCUCGGGGACGGUUUUAGCUGCUGGACCGGAGACUGAAUUCGAAAAAGGAGACGAAAUUUACGGUGUUUCUUUGUCAAUGAAUGGCACUGGCUCGCUCACGGAGGUAGCUCACAUCGACACCAAAGGCGCAUGCAUCGUUAAGAAACCCAAACACUUCUCAUGGCAACAAGCGGCAAGCUUACCACUGGUUUACCUGACAGCCCGGAUGUCCAUCGAGAAAUGCAAGCCGUUCCUGAAGGCGUCGACCCCAUCAGAAAACAGACUUGUAGUCCUAGGCGGCUCCUCUGCCACUGGAAUCUACACUGUUCAGAUCGCCAAAUCACUUGGCUGGACAGUGCUCUCUAGUUGCAGUGGUCGGAAUAUGGACUUUGUCAAAAGUGUCGGCGCUACAGAGACGGUUGAUUACACCGCUUCACCGAAUGCUGUGGUGGAGGCCGUUAAGCAAUUCUCCCCGGGCGCGAUAAUCGACUGUGUUGGUGGGACAGAGACGGUUGGGCUGGCGCCUCAAUACGUCACUAUAGUCGGAGAUAAAACUUCUCGGUCUUCGUUGGGCGGUAGUGCACUUUACCUCACCCAUCCGAGGAUGGUCCUGCGAUGGCUACUGGGUUAUCUGGGUGUUGUCAACUCUUAUGAGUGCAUCACAUUGGAUCCAAGGAAGGAGUGGCUAGAUGAGACAACCAAGCUGGAUCCUGAAAAGAAUAUCUUCAUUGACAGUAUAUUUGACUUUAGCCGAGCCAAGGAAGCUUUUGAACGAUUGAAUACCGGGCGAGCAAGGGGAAAGGUUGUGGUGAGUAUUAAGAGUUGA